AUGCUAAAAUUUAGAAUCAAGCCAGCGAGACAAAUACGGUAUUAUAAGCGGCAUGCAUAUUUUUUACGAUAUAACCAUACGACUGCUCCCGCACAGAAAUUACAAGAACAGAUCGAGCAAAUUCCUAUAGAGAAUUAUAGAAACUUUUCUAUAGUUGCCCAUGUUGACCAUGGAAAGUCGACAUUAAGCGACAGAUUGUUGGAGAUAACGCAUGUCAUCGAUCCUAGUGCAAGAAAUAAACAAGUGUUGGAUAAAUUGGAAGUCGAAAGAGAAAGAGGUAUUACUAUAAAGGCACAAACAUGUUCAAUGUUUUAUAAAGAUAAGAGGACUGGUGAAAACUAUCUUUUACAUUUAAUUGACACGCCGGGACAUGUCGACUUUAGAGGGGAAGUUUCAAGGUCAUACGCGUCUUGUGGGGGGGCAAUUCUUUUAGUCGAUGCGUCACAAGGUAUCCAAGCACAAACAGUCGCUAAUUUUUAUUUAGCCUUCAGUUUAGGAUUGAAGUUGAUUCCAGUCAUAAAUAAAGUUGACCUUAAUUUUACAGAUGUCAAACAGGUAAAGGAUCAGAUAGUUAAUAACUUUGAGCUCCCUGAGGAAGAUAUAAUAGGAGUCAGCGCCAAAACAGGUUUAAAUGUAAAAGAACAGCUAUUACCUGCUAUAAUUGAUCGUAUUCCACCACCGACUGGGAGGUCUGAUAAACCCUUCAGAGCGUUAUUAGUAGACUCUUGGUACGAUGCAUACUUAGGAGCGGUUCUUCUGGUAAAUAUUGUCGACGGUUCUGUACGUAAAAAUGACAAAGUUAUUUGUGCUCAGACAAAAGAAAAAUAUGAAGUAAAAGAUAUUGGAAUCAUGUAUCCUGAUAGAACUCCUACAGGGACACUAAAGACAGGACAGGUUGGCUAUCUAGUGCUGGGGAUGAAGGAUUCUAAAGAAGCUAAAAUUGGAGAUACUAUAAUGCAUUUGAGUAAGGAAAAUGAAACUGAAAUACUUCCCGGAUUUGAAGAACAAAAACCCAUGGUAUUUGUAGGUGCUUUCCCGGCUGAUGGGAUUGAGUUCAAAGCGAUGGAUGAUGAUAUGAGUAGACUUGUUCUCAACGAUAGGUCUGUCACUUUGGAGCGUGAGACCUCCAAUGCUUUAGGUCAAGGUUGGAGGUUAGGCUUUUUAGGAUCGUUGCAUGCAUCUGUUUUUCGUGAACGAUUAGAAAAAGAAUAUGGUUCUAAACUGAUCAUUACUCAACCCACCGUUCCUUAUUUGGUGGAGUUUACUGAUGGUACGAAGAAGCUUAUAACCAAUCCUGAUGAGUUUCCAGAUGGGGCAACAAAGAGAGUGAACGUUGCUGCUUUUCAUGAGCCAUUUAUAGAGGCAGUUAUGACACUGCCCCAAGAAUAUUUAGGUAACGUCAUACGCUUAUGCGAUAGUAAUCGAGGAGAACAAAUUGAUAUAACUUACCUAAACACCAAUGGACAAGUGAUGUUGAAAUAUUACCUUCCGCUAUCACAUCUAGUUGAUGACUUUUUUGGUAAAUUAAAGUCAGUGUCCAGAGGAUUUGCCUCUUUAGAUUAUGAGGAUGCCGGCUAUAGAACUUCUGAUGUUGUAAAACUGCAACUUUUGGUUAAUGGAAAUGCUAUUGAUGCUUUGUCAAGAGUACUUCAUAAAUCGGAAGUAGAGAGAGUUGGCAGAGAAUGGGUGAAGAAAUUCAAAGAGUAUGUUAAAUCGCAAUUAUAUGAGGUCGUUAUCCAGGCCAGAGCUAAUAAUAAGAUAAUAGCCAGAGAGACAAUUAAGGCAAGAAGAAAAGAUGUUCUCCAAAAGCUGCAUGCUUCUGACGUCUCACGAAGAAAAAAACUUUUGGCAAAACAAAAAGAGGGUAAAAAGCAUAUGAAAACUGUAGGUAAUAUUCAAAUUAACCAAGAAGCAUACCAAGCUUUUUUGCGCCGUUAG